GCUGGCAACAAAGAGGUGAAAAUGACAGAUAUAUCAGGAAUCUUGGCCACUGUAUCCUGGUGUAACUGUGCUCCAGUUUUCCUGACUGUGAGGAGAGAGAGAGGCAACUGAUCCCCCAGGAGGCGAUGAAUGGAACUCAACAAUGCAGGAAUGCAAGCCAAUGUGUGUGUGCGUUUGUGUGCCAGACAGUGUGUGUAUGUGUUUGUUGCUGUAUGUAUCCCUGUGUGCGAGUGAACAACAGGAGCGAGAUUUGGAAGCCGAUUUCCAGUUCCUAUAGCAACCAUGAUGUAAGCGGAGAGGGGCAACUGCGCCCCAUUUCUCUCUCUCUCCCCCCUCACUUCCCCUUUCUCUCUCUCUCUCUCUCUCUCUCUCCCUCGAAAACAGACAGCCCUGCACACAGGAAAGCUGGGUGUGGAAUAUUGGGAAGUCAUUCACAUCUUUGCUGGAAUAAAUGCAUUUUUUCCUUGUGUUCGUUUGUUUGUUUUUGUGUCAGAGGAGAUUUGCGAGCUGGACAGCAUUGUUCAGAAACACAUACAUCUCAAUCUUGGGACAGAAAGAUGUGUUUGUGAUGUCUGGCGUGAAAACCAUUUAGUGACAGAGGUUGUGGCUGAUCUCAGAUGAAGUCCCCGUAGACGGCGCUUUGUCAAGUUUAUUGGGAUUUUCUUUUUUGGAAAGGAUAAAACUGUAAGGCCCAGUCACCUCUAAUGAGUUCUGCCCUUCCAAGACCCCCAAAGAAGCGGCAUGGAGAACCGGAGCCGCCGGCACCCUCAACAACCCAAUGACCCGGCCGAAGAGGCCUCGACUGGGCCCCAGUGCUCCAUGCCUCAGUCCCCUCUACUGUCUGGAGCUUCCUCUCUCAUCUCUCUCAGCCAGACAGAGGAGUUCUUUGACCUGAUAGCCAGCUCGCAGAGCCGCAGACUGGACGACCAGAGAGCCAGUAUAGGCGAUCGGCUGGGCAUCAGGAUAGCGCAAAACAACGUGGGACACUUGUGCGAGGCGUGCAGUCCACGGCAACCUAGUGACGAGUUUUUCAACAUGCUCAUAAAAUACCAGUCCUCCAGAAUCAAUGACCAGAGAUGCUCUUUACUGCCUGCACCAGACGACCCAGAUGAAGACUUCUUCAGCCUAAUCCAGAAAGUGCAAUCCAAACGGAUGGAUGAACAGCGGGUAUCUUUUUAUCCUGACGAAAAAGAAGAGACAGACUCGAAUCAUAAGUCCAAAACCUCUGAAGGAUCAAGUUAGAGACAUUUUGUGUUGACAUCGCCACGCAACACUAAGACCCUCUUGGAUGUGCGUUUCGCGUGAUCUUCAGAGGCUUGGUUUAGGCGAAUAACGUAGGACAGUAGUAGAAUUAUUACAAAGUGAUUUGAUUCGUAUUUUGCUGUGCCAGAUGUGAGCCUAAACCUCACAGAAGUGUCCGAAAGUGUUUGUGCUCCAGACAUUGUUCCAUCAUGUUUGUGCAGAAGUAAAACAACACCGUGGAAAGCGACGAUUAACAUACUUAUGAAGGGUAAAGUUACUAACCGCUCUCACACAAAACAGUGUAGAUCGACGUGACAAAUAACCGUUGCGCAUAAUUCACGAGCAGGUGCGUGUGCGUUUAGCUCGAGUGGAAAGUAUUUCUCAGCAGAUGCUGAAUAUGAAGUUAGUGAUUCUCAGCAGAUGGGUGAAAUUGCAUUCGGCAUGACGAUGGAUUUCCAUGCUUGGGAUCAGUCGGUGGUCUAAUUCUGCCGUAAUAAAUAAUAUGACAACUAAAUACUAGACCAAGAUGAGAUCUAAAAUUUGGAUAGUUUGUCUGUAAAAAGAACAUAGGUGCACUGUUAACAUGCCGUUUUGAAAUAAACAUGAUGUUUUAGUAUGGUGUCCGUGUUGUCUUUUUAAUAGCAAAAGUAUCAGGGCUGCAUGAUAAUGGGUAAAAUGAUCAUCGCAAUUAUUAUUCAUAUUAAUCACGAUUUAUAAUCACGAUUUAUGACCUCGAUUAUUCUGUCAGUUUUAAAAGUAUUUUUAUAUUUAUUACACUUUAUACAUGUAUGCAGUGUCACUCCUCCACAAAAAUGAAA